UCCUCCAUUUCUUUACGCGCUUCAGAAUAUUUGUAGUAGUUUCUACCCGAAAUCGUCACAUAGAAUGUGCUUAUGGAAGCCAUUGUAUCCGCAUGAAUAUUGUGUGAGAUAUCGUGAUACGUAAUUACGAACGAUACAUAAUUAUGUCGUGAUUAUUAGACAGAAGCUGGUCAACAAAUAUCGUGAGAAAAUUUGAAAGACAUUUGUGAAAAUGUCUAUUCCACCAUAUUUACUGGGUCCAAACCCAUGGGCCACAAUGAUGGCCCAGCAGCAAGCCCAUGCCCAAUUAGCUGCUGCCCAAGCACAUGCACAAGCUGCAGCGCAAGCUGCUCAUCAUGCUCACAUGCAAGCUAUAGCUGGGCCACCGUUACCUCAGAUGCCUAAACAACCAGAGGUUUUAUCAGAGGAUAAACUUCAGGAAAAAGCACAAAAAUGGCAACAGCUGCAAUCAAAGCGGUUUGCAGAAAAGAGGAAAUUUGGGUUUGUAGAUGCUCAGAAAGAAGACAUGCCAGCUGAACAUAUAAGAAAGAUCAUCAGAGAUCAUGGUGAUAUGAGCAGUAGAAAAUAUCGACAUGACAAGCGCGUUUACUUGGGCGCAUUAAAAUACAUGCCACAUGCUGUCAUGAAACUGUUGGAAAAUAUGCCUAUGCCAUGGGAACAGAUAAGAGAUGUAAAAGUUUUAUAUCACAUCACAGGAGCCAUUACAUUUGUUAAUGAGAUUCCUUGGGUUAUAGAACCUGUAUACAUAGCUCAGUGGGGCACCAUGUGGAUUAUGAUGAGACGAGAAAAGAGGGAUCGUAGACAUUUCAAGAGAAUGAGAUUCCCACCUUUUGAUGACGAGGAACCCCCUCUAGAUUAUGCAGACAACGUUCUAGAUGUCGAACCGUUAGAAGCUAUACAAAUCGAACUCGACUCGGAAGAAGACGAAUCCGUGGCAUCAUGGUUUUAUGAACACAAGCCGUUAGUUGGAACAAAACACGUAAACGGAUCCACGUAUCGGAGAUGGAACUUGACGUUACCGCAAAUGGCGACAUUAUACCGUUUAGCUAAUCAAUUGCUGACCGAUCUGGUGGAUCAGAAUUUCUUCUAUCUGUUUGAUCCCAAAUCUUUCUUCACUGCAAAAGCUUUAAAUAUGGCCAUUCCUGGAGGACCGAAAUUUGAGCCAUUGGUGAAGGAUUCAAAUGCUGCUGAUGAAGAUUGGAAUGAGUUCAAUGACAUAAAUAAGAUCAUCAUUAGACAGCCCAUUAGAACGGAAUAUAGGAUUGCGUUUCCUUAUUUGUAUAACAAUAUGCCUCACUUCGUGCAUCUUUCAUGGUAUCACGCUCCAAAUGUUGUAUACAUAAAAACUGAAGAUCCUGACUUGCCUGCAUUUUAUUUUGAUCCGUUGAUCAAUCCUAUCUCUCAUAGAAAUUCGUUGAAGACGAUGGAGCCGCAAAUCGAGGACGACGAGGACUUUGUUCUACCGAGCGAGGUGCAACCGUUCCUCCAAGAAAUACCACUCUACACGGAUAACACAGCAAAUGGAAUAGCUCUCUUGUGGGCGCCGAGACCGUUCAAUACGCGUUCCGGAAGAACCAGGAGGGCCAUCGACAUUCCGUUAGUCAAAUCUUGGUACAGAGAACACUGUCCGCCCGGUCAACCUGUGAAAGUGCGAGUCAGUUAUCAAAAGCUGCUCAAGUACUUCGUACUAAAUGCUCUGAAGCAUAGGCCGCCGAAACCACAGAAGAAACGCUACCUGUUCCGUUCCUUCAAGUCAACCAAGUUCUUCCAAACGACCACGAUAGACUGGGUCGAGGCUGGUCUGCAGGUGUGUCGUCAAGGAUACAACAUGCUAAAUCUGUUGAUACACAGGAAGAACCUCAACUACCUCCACUUGGAUUACAAUUUUAACUUGAAACCUGUGAAAACGCUCACGACAAAGGAGAGAAAGAAAUCGCGUUUCGGCAAUGCUUUUCAUCUGUGCCGCGAAAUCCUUCGUUUGACCAAACUCAUUAUUGAUUCUCACGUGCAAUAUCGCCUGAACAACGUGGACGCCUUCCAGCUCGCCGACGGACUGCAAUAUAUUUUCGCGCACGUAGGCCAAUUAACCGGCAUGUAUCGUUACAAGUACAAGCUGAUGCGACAGAUUCGAAUGUGCAAAGAUUUGAAACACUUGAUCUACUAUCGCUUCAACACCGGACCGGUGGGUAAAGGGCCGGGCUGCGGCUUCUGGGCACCCGGUUGGCGCGUCUGGCUGUUCUUCAUGAGAGGUAUCACGCCGCUGUUGGAAAGAUGGCUCGGUAACUUAUUGUCCAGACAAUUCGAAGGACGACAUUCAAAGGGCGUGGCGAAGACCGUGACAAAGCAGCGAGUAGAAUCGCACUUUGAUCUCGAGCUGAGGGCGUCCGUUAUGCACGACAUAGUCGACAUGAUGCCAGAGGGAAUUAAGCAGAACAAAGCGCGAACAAUCUUGCAGCAUCUGAGCGAGGCAUGGCGAUGUUGGAAGGCGAACAUACCAUGGAAAGUACCGGGCUUGCCGAUCCCGAUCGAGAAUAUGAUACUGCGUUACGUUAAGAUGAAGGCCGACUGGUGGACGAAUACCGCCCACUACAAUCGGGAGAGAAUUCGACGUGGCGCCACGGUGGAUAAAACCGUUUGCAAGAAAAACCUGGGUCGCUUGACGCGUCUUUAUUUGAAGGCCGAGCAGGAACGACAGCACAAUUACUUGAAGGACGGCCCAUACAUAUCUCCGGAGGAGGCUGUAGCUAUAUUCACUACCUCGGUACAUUGGCUGGAGUCCCGAAGGUUCGCGCCGAUACCUUUUCCGCCGCUGUCCUACAAGCACGACACGAAACUGUUAAUAUUGGCACUGGAACGCUUGAAAGAAGCUUAUAGUGUCAAGUCUAGGCUGAACCAAAGUCAGCGAGAGGAGCUGGGUCUAAUAGAACAGGCAUACGACAAUCCGCAUGAGGCAUUAUCUAGAAUCAAACGACACUUACUGACGCAGAGAUCUUUCAAAGAAAUCGGUAUCGAAUUUAUGGACCUUUAUAGCCACUUGAUUCCUGUGUACGAUGUGGAACCUCUUGAGAAAAUCACUGAUGCCUACCUGGACCAAUACUUAUGGUAUGAAGCGGACAAAAGACGAUUAUUCCCGCCGUGGGUAAAGCCGGCUGAUACGGAGCCACCGCCGCUCCUUGUCUACAAAUGGUGUCAGGGUAUCAAUAAUCUUCAAGACGUGUGGGACGUUAGUGAAGGCGAAUGCAAUGUGUUACUGGAGUCGAAAUUCGAGAAGCUAUACGAGAAGAUUGAUCUCACGCUGCUCAACAGACUGCUACGUUUGAUAGUCGAUCACAAUAUUGCUGAUUACAUGACAGCAAAGAAUAACGUCGUUAUCAACUACAAGGACAUGAAUCACACCAACAGUUACGGAAUCAUCAGAGGCCUGCAAUUUGCGUCUUUCAUCGCUCAAUAUUAUGGACUCGUAUUAGAUCUGCUUGUAUUGGGUCUGCAAAGAGCUAGCGAGAUGGCCGGACCGCCGCAGAUGCCGAAUGACUUCCUAACUUUCCAGGAUGUCGCUUCAGAAACGGCGCAUCCUAUCCGAUUGUACUGUCGUUACGUCGAUCGCAUACACCUAUUUCUGCGCUUCUCUGCUGACGACGCGAGAGAUCUUAUCCAACGUUACCUCACCGAGCAUCCGGAUCCGAAUAAUGAGAAUAUCGUUGGCUACAACAACAAGAAGUGCUGGCCACGGGAUGCUCGUAUGCGGCUUAUGAAGCACGACGUGAACCUGGGCCGCGCCGUUUUCUGGGACAUUAAGAACCGACUGCCACGCUCCACCACCACUAUUCAAUGGGAGAACAGCUUCGUCAGCGUUUACAGCAAAGAUAAUCCUAAUCUGCUGUUUAAUAUGAGUGGCUUCGAGUGCAGGAUUCUACCCAAGUGCAGGACAACUCACGAGGAAUUCACUCACCGCGACGGUGUCUGGAAUCUCCAGAACGAGAUCACCAAGGAGAGGACAGCGCAGUGCUUCUUACGCGUCGAUGAUGAGAGUCUACAGCGAUUCCACAAUCGAGUCAGACAGAUUCUCAUGGCUUCAGGCUCGACCACAUUCACCAAGAUUGUCAACAAAUGGAACACUGCGUUGAUUGGUCUGAUGACUUACUUCAGAGAGGCCGUGGUGAACACGCAGGAGUUACUGGACUUGCUCGUGAAGUGCGAAAACAAAAUCCAAACUCGUAUCAAGAUCGGACUUAACUCUAAAAUGCCCUCUCGCUUUCCACCUGUGGUCUUUUACACGCCCAAAGAGCUGGGCGGCCUCGGAAUGUUGUCGAUGGGCCACGUGUUAAUACCGCAGUCGGAUCUGAGAUGGUCGAAACAGACUGACGUGGGCAUCACACAUUUCCGUUCGGGCAUGAGUCACGACGAGGAUCAAUUGAUACCUAACUUGUAUCGCUAUAUACAACCAUGGGAGUCUGAAUUCAUCGAUUCUCAACGCGUCUGGGCUGAAUAUGCCUUAAAGCGGCAAGAGGCUAAUGCGCAAAAUCGCAGGCUCACCCUGGAGGAUCUUGAGGACAGUUGGGACCGCGGUAUUCCUAGAAUAAACACAUUGUUCCAAAAGGAUCGGCACACUCUGGCUUAUGACAAAGGCUGGCGUAUUCGCACGGAAUUCAAGCAAUACCAGGUGUUAAAACAGAAUCCGUUCUGGUGGACUCAUCAGCGUCAUGACGGCAAAUUGUGGAACUUGAACAACUACAGAACCGACAUGAUCCAAGCGCUCGGUGGUGUCGAAGGUAUCUUAGAGCACACGCUCUUCAAGGGUACUUACUUCCCCACCUGGGAAGGUCUCUUCUGGGAGAAAGCGUCUGGUUUCGAAGAAUCCAUGAAAUACAAGAAACUGACUAAUGCGCAACGCUCCGGUCUGAAUCAGAUCCCUAAUCGUCGAUUUACACUGUGGUGGUCGCCCACGAUCAACCGCGCGAACGUCUACGUCGGUUUUCAGGUACAGCUCGAUCUGACGGGCAUAUUCAUGCACGGCAAGAUACCGACUCUGAAGAUCUCGCUGAUCCAGAUAUUCCGUGCUCACUUGUGGCAGAAAGUGCACGAGUCGAUUGUGAUGGAUCUCUGUCAGGUGUUCGAUCAGGAACUGGACGCAUUGGAGAUUGAAACCGUGCAAAAAGAGACGAUCCAUCCGAGAAAGUCCUACAAAAUGAACUCUUCGUGUGCCGACAUACUUCUGUUCUCCGCCUACAAGUGGAACGUAUCCCGGCCGUCGCUUCUCGCCGAUUCUAAGGAUGUCAUGGAUAACACGACUACCCAGAAAUACUGGAUCGACGUACAGCUGAGAUGGGGCGACUACGAUUCACACGACAUCGAACGAUACGCGCGCGCCAAAUUCCUGGACUACACCACGGACAACAUGUCGAUUUAUCCAUCUCCCACCGGUCUCUUGAUAGCCAUAGAUCUGGCGUACAACUUACAUAGUGCUUAUGGCAACUGGUUCCCCGGUUGUAAGCCGCUCAUACAGCAAGCCAUGGCGAAAAUCAUGAAGGCGAAUCCCGCUCUAUACGUGUUACGCGAACGCAUCCGUAAGGCUUUGCAACUUUACUCGUCCGAACCCACGGAGCCUUACCUCUCUUCACAGAAUUAUGGCGAACUUUUCUCCAAUCAGAUUAUAUGGUUUGUCGACGACACGAAUGUGUACCGCGUGACGAUCCACAAAACCUUCGAAGGCAACUUGACCACGAAGCCGAUCAAUGGCGCGAUCUUUAUCUUCAAUCCGCGCACUGGUCAACUCUUCUUGAAGAUUAUUCAUACCUCCGUUUGGGCAGGUCAAAAACGUUUGGGUCAGUUGGCCAAAUGGAAGACCGCCGAAGAAGUCGCCGCUCUCAUUCGCUCCUUACCUGUGGAGGAACAGCCGAAACAGAUUAUCGUCACCAGGAAAGGCAUGUUGGAUCCCUUGGAAGUGCAUUUGCUGGAUUUCCCUAAUAUAGUUAUUAAAGGAUCCGAGCUACAGUUACCUUUCCAAGCGUGUCUCAAGGUGGAGAAGUUCGGUGAUCUAAUUUUGAAGGCGACUGAACCGCAGAUGGUGUUAUUCAAUCUAUACGACGAUUGGCUAAAGACCAUCUCUUCGUAUACCGCGUUCUCGCGACUAAUUCUAAUCCUGCGCGCGUUGCACGUCAACACCGAGCGAACGAAAGUCGUGUUGAAGCCCGACAAAACAACCAUCACCGAACCGCACCACAUAUGGCCGUCGUUAACGGACGACGAGUGGAUCAAAGUAGAGGUGCAGCUCAAAGAUUUGAUUCUGGCCGACUACGGCAAAAAGAAUAACGUCAAUGUCGCGUCGCUCACUCAAUCCGAGAUUCGUGAUAUUAUCCUGGGUAUGGAGAUUAGCGCGCCGUCCGCUCAACGCCAGCAGAUUGCCGAGAUUGAGAAGCAAACCAAGGAGCAGAGUCAGCUCACCGCGACCACCACGAGAACUGUGAAUAAGCACGGCGACGAAAUCAUUACCGCGACCACGUCCAACUAUGAGACGCAGACAUUCAGCUCCAAGACCGAAUGGCGAGUGCGCGCUAUCUCCGCGACUAAUCUUCACCUCAGAACGAACCAUAUCUACGUAUCGUCCGAUGACAUCAAAGAGACUGGCUACACUUACAUUCUGCCGAAGAACGUGCUGAAGAAGUUUGUCACCAUCUCCGAUCUGCGAGCUCAGAUUGCUGGUUAUCUAUAUGGCAUUAGUCCACCCGACAAUCCUCAGGUGAAAGAAAUUAGGUGCAUCGUGAUGGCACCUCAGUGGGGAACACAUCAGACCGUUCAUCUACCAAAUACAUUACCUAACCAUCAAUACUUGAAAGAGAUGGAACCUUUAGGAUGGAUACACACGCAGCCUAACGAGCUGCCGCAACUCUCGCCGCAAGAUAUAUCUACUCACGCCAGAAUCAUGGCGGAAAAUUCUAUUUGGGAUGGCGAAAAAACCAUCGUUAUUACUUGCAGUUUCACUCCUGGUUCCUGUUCACUCACAGCAUACAAGCUAACACCGAGUGGUUUCGAGUGGGGAAAGCAAAAUACGGACAAGGGUAAUAAUCCGAAGGGUUACCUGCCUAGCCAUUACGAGAAGGUACAGAUGUUGCUGUCGGACCGUUUCCUUGGGUUCUUCAUGGUACCCAGUCAAGGCUCGUGGAACUACAAUUUCAUGGGCGUGAGGCAUGAUCCCAAUAUGAAAUACGAACUGCAGUUGGCGAAUCCGAAGGAAUUUUAUCACGAAGUACACAGACCGGCCCAUUUCCUCAACUUUUCCAGUUUGGAAGACGGCGAAGGUGUCGGCGCUGAUCGAGAAGAUAUGUUCACGUAAAUUUAGUAAACGUGUCCUUGGUUCGACAAAGUUUCAGCUAAGUUGUUUUAGAAAACUGUGACAACUUUUACGGCAAAAUAUAUAUAUUCAUUCGUGCAACGAUUGUGACAGAAAAUACCAUCACUUUUGAGUACAUAUUGUCGUGUGUAUCUUUACAUAGUAAAAUUCUGCUACAGAAUAUUGUAGGUAUCACUUGUGAUUAUAUUGUAAGUUAUAUUAAAGUGCAAAUUUGUACAAAAUUACUGGUAUUAUUGGUACAUUUGAUGAAUACAUAAAUUAUACAUAACAUACUUUUAUUAUACUUUACUGAAAGUGGUAUUAAUAAAUCCAUGGUAAAUGUUUUAGUAAUAUUUAGUAAUUUGAAUAUUUCAGGAAUAAACGUGACAAUAACGAAAAAUUGAGAUCAAAUAAUAUGUAAUCAAAUCACUCAUUUGUUGCAACAAUGGCAUAACUCAAAAUAUAACUAAAAAUCGCCUUUAUUGAGUUAUUAGUACAGAGAAAGGUUUUGCUACAUAUUUACAGCUAAUUAUUCGAUCUGCUUUAAUAGAUAAAAAAGAUCACCAGAGAUUUAAUCGGAGAGGUUGUUAUACAUUUUCUUACUGCUAAUUAAGACCAAUGGAUGAAAAUUUCUCGCGAAUAAAGUAGCACUUACCGUUAUAAAUUGCUGGUUUAUUUAACUGUAUAAUAGCUAUGUCAUUUCUAUAUAACGGCUUAUCGUAAUUCUUAUGAAUAAUUAUCGUUUCCGGCAGAAAAUCUUGCACCGGUUUCGCGUAGUAGCCAUUCUUAUAGUCAGAAUCGGUCAGGAUGUUGUGCUCACCCACGCAAUUCACUAACGAUUAUUAAUAUAGGCCUUAAUUUAAUUAAAACGUAAUAUAAAACAAAUCAAUAAUGUAAUGUAUUAUGUACUGAUGUUAAAUUUAAAAUCGUCUUUCAAAUAGCGGCGAUAUUAUAUCGAUAUUUUUAAUAUCAGGAUUUUCAGAAUAAAUUAAAAAAUGUCUUAUAACCUAUUAUCGAGUUAUAUUAUGUUUUCGAUACAAUACAGAAAAAUUAUUAGCUA